UAAUAUACAACCGCCAUCAAAACCUUUAUAUAGGGUUUAGGGGUGUCUGUCCAUUGCUGCGAACACAGGGAAGGUGAAAUCGUGUAGCUUAUCAAAUAAAGGAUGCCGGCGAAUGCAAUCACGGCGGACGCGUUGUCGGCGUCUGGCCUAACGUCGGAAAAACUCAGCCUGCCUACGCUUCUAUCUAAAACGAAAUGCCACCCUGAUUGCUAUGAGACCGAGUUAACCUUGAUUUACAGCCAAUUCAAGUCGUCUGUCGAACUUUUUCAACAACAGGCGGCACUAAGUUUCACCUCCGUCAUCAGUGGCGGCGUUGGUAGCGACCCUACCGUUGCCAAAGACCUCGGUGACCUGGCCAUGUUCUUGGCUCACGUUACGCCAUUGUACCCUAACCAGCUCUUACACUACCCGAAAGAGCUCGUGGAAUUUCUUAGGUCAUCCGCUCGCGUGCUUCCAUCUUCGCUUCGUGUCACUGUUACACAAGCUCUGAUUCUUCUUCUUAAUCGCAAGAUUGUUGCUAUCAAGGAGACUCUUGCAUUGUUCAUGGAGCUUCAGAUUUUGAGUGACAAACCUCUAAAAGAAUUGGCAUUCUCUCAUGUCAUUCAUAGUAUCAGGAAAGCAAUGAGGUCACUUGUCACAAUAUGUGAUCUUCAUAAGAGGAAGGUCUGGUUUGAUGAUAGAACAGCCAAUGCUAUAUGUCGGGCAUGUUUCCACCCAUCAUCAAGGAUUAUGAUUGCAGCUCUGUCGUCUCUUCUUGAUUAUGAAAAAAUUGAGCAAGACAAUGACAGUGACAGUGAUGAUUCAAGUGAUGAAGAAGAAGCAAUCCACCAACAUCAUGUUGUCGUGAGUAAAGAGGCUAUUUACAAGGCCAAGAAUACAGGGACAACAUCCAGCAAAAAGAAAAAGAAAGCAAAGUUGCAACGUGUGAUACGUAGCAUGAAAAAGCAACAACGUAUCUCAUCAGAAAGGACUCAUAACUUGAACUACUAUUCACCACUCAAUGCUUUGAAAGAUGCUCAGGGGUUUGCUGAGAAGCUAUUCUCACAACUUCAAACAUGUAGUGAACGUUUUGAGAUAAAAAUGAUGAUGGUGAAAGUGGUUGCACGUACUAUUGGACUUCAUCAAUUGCUUGUAUUGAAUUUUUAUCCUUUUCUUCAAAAGUUUGUUCAGCCCCACCAAAGGGAUGUGACAAACUUAUUUGCAGCAGCUGUUCAAGCCUGUCAUGAUAUGGUGCCACCUGAUGCAGUUGAACCAUUAUUCAAGCAAAUAGUUAAUCAGUUUGUGCAUGAUAGGUCACGUACAGAGUCAAUUGCUGUUGGGUUGAAUGUUGUGCGUGAAAUAUGUUUGCGUAUUCCUCUGUUAAUGACAGAGGAUUUGCUGCAAGACCUUGUGCUGUAUAAGAAAUCACACGAGAAGGCAGUUUCAUCAGCAGCUCGUUCACUUAUUUCAUUGUUCAGAGAGAUUUGUCCUUCACUUCUGAUAAAGAAGGAGCGUGGUCGGCCUACUGAUCCUAAAGCAAAGCCAAAAGCAUUCGGUGAGGUUACUGUUCCCAGUGAUGUCCCUGGGGCUGAGCUACUUCUGGAUGAUGAUGUCAGCAAUGCUUCUGAUGAGGAUGGUGAAUCUAUCGAUGCUGACAUCAGCACUCAAGGAGGUUCGGAAUCUGAAGAAGAAGAAGAAGUUGAUGAUGAUGAAGAAAUGGGAAGUGAAGAGGAUGAAGCAUCUGAUGAUGAGGAGGAUGAGGUGGAUGGGAUGUCUAUUGAUUCAAGGGGAUCUGAGAAAAGGAAAGGGCAAAAAAGGAAAUUUGAAGAUUUUGAUGGAGAAGUUGAUGUGGCAAAUCAAAGUCUUAGGGCUCUUAAGAGAUUAGCAGGAGCUAAAUUGGAGAGUGAGGCAACAACAACAGAUGGUAUACUCUCAAAUAAAGAUUUUCAGAGAAUCAAAGAGCUAAAAGCAAAGAAGGAAGCAAAGAUUGCAUUGGCGAAUCAUGGAAUGUUGAAAAAAUCUUCAGAUCUGAAAUCAACAACAGGCUUUAAGGUCCCAACUUCUGAUCAACUUAGUUUGAAAAGAGUUGAUGGAUUUUCACUUGUAGCUAACAUAAGGAGGAAAGGAAGGCUUUGAUCAAAGCAGGAAGAGAAGAUGGAGAAAAGUAUCAAGCAAGAGCUGCUAUCAAGCAGAAAAAGAGUGGUGGAUUAAGCAACCGGCGAAAGGAAAACAAGAAGGCAAUGCCUUUGGCUGCCAAGAGAUCAAAGAUUGAAAGAUCUCGCCGUCAGAAAAAGCUCAAGGCCAAGACAGCUGGCAAACAGUUUCGUGGUCAGAAAGCAUGGAAAUGAUUCAUAAUUUCAUAUCCGGAAGUAUUCUUCUUUUUGUACAAAAAUUCUUUUAGAUACACAUAUCAUUUUGAUAUAGAUUUGAUUUGAUGAUGACAUUUGCUCUCUAGCUAUAUCUAGAAUAAGGUUAGUUUUGAUAAAUGAGUAAAGUCGGUUUAAUAGUCAGUUGGAGAUUACCC